GCUCCCUCUAGUGGAAGCUACAAUCCAUGAUAAGCUGACAAAAACACGACGCCUGUCGUUACAUUACUUACAUGUCGGAGCAAGCUAUAAAUAAUAUUAACAAUAAUAAUAAAUUAUGGUCAUACUUAUGACUGCUCACGACGAGAACGCUGAAUGUAUUUGAUACGAUGUUUUACAGCACUGCAGGAGGUUUUAUAAUGUUCGUUGGACCAUAAUAUGUGAAAUGUGUAGAAAGAUCCGCGUCUCUUCUCCGGAGCCUGGUCACAUGCGCGCUCGGGAAUAAUGGCUGCACAGGAACCCUCACCACCAUCUUCAUUAGAAGGCAACAAACCUGGCUUCCCCAAGAAAAUACUCGCCAACAAGCUGGAGGACAAGCAUCUGUGCAAUAUCUGCCUGAAAAUCCUUAGGAGACCGUUUCAGGCGCAGUGCGGACAUCGUUUCUGUUCGUAUUGUUUUAAUAAGGCAGUGAGCUCCGGACCACAGAAAUGCAGUGCCUGUAUAAAAGAGGACAUAUUUGAAGAGCCAACAUCAAUUUUGAAACAGGGCUGUGCUUUUCCUGAUAAUGCUGCAAAGAGAGUUGAAGCUCUUGAAGCUGUUUGUAUCAAUGAGGAGUGCAGCUGGACAGGCACCAUCAAAGAAUACGAGGCAAACCAUGAGGGUAAAUGUGACUUCAGGAUCCUGCCCUGCCCAUCAUGCAAAGAGCUUUUGAGAGCCAACGAACUUGAACGUCACAAUGAGAGAGAAUGCCCAGAGCGGACACUAAAUUGUAAAUACUGCAAGGAGCCUUUUCAUUUUAAAAACAUUAAGGCCCAUGAUGAGAUCUGCCCUAAAUACCCAAUGAUUUGUGAAGGCUGUGCCAAGAAAAAAAUUCCCAGAGAGAAAUAUGUGGACCACAUUAAACUGUGCACCAAAUUCAGAACACCUUGCAGAUUUCAUGUUGUCGGCUGUGAUAUGACGGUGGAAAAGGAGAAGAUCCAUGAUCACGAACAAGCCUGUUCCUACGAGCACUUAAACCUCCUCCUGCACUUCAUCAUGGGCAUCAAGGUGAACUUGGAGAGUCUGCAGCCUCAGAGUCUGGAGCUGGCCAGCCAUAAGAUCCAGCGAGCUGCAUCAGUCUCUGCGGAGCUGGAGCUCAAGAUGGGCCAGUUGUGUGGAGCAGGGGCUUCCGUGCAGGGGGCCUGUGCACUGCCCGCCUACCCGCCGGCUCCGACACUGGGUACGUCUUUCACUCCUCUCCCUACGGCCGUCGGGGGCAGCUUUGAGCUGCAGCUGCACAGCGAGAAAACCAAAGUGGUGGAGCUCAGCCGGCGCUGUCAGGAGCUUGAGCUGAAGGUAAACACCUUUGAGAACAUUGUCUGCGUGCUCAACCGUGAGAUGGAACGCUCCGCUACCACCAUGGAGGCAUAUAACCCACACCGGCUUGACCAGGACAAGAUUGAGAUACUUAACAACAAGGUACGGCAGUUGGAGAGGACGGUAGGCCUUAGGGAUCUCUCCAUCGUGGAGAUGGAGGCUAAGAUGAGGGAAAUGUCUGCUGCCACCUAUGAUGGUGUCUUUGUAUGGAAGAUCUCAGACUUCUCGAAGAAGAGACAGGAUGCUGUAGCUGGACGAGCGCCUGCUAUGUUUUCGCCUGCAUUUUACACAAGCAAAUACGGCUAUAAGAUGUGUUUACGCAUCUAUCUGAAUGGGGAUGGGACAGGACGUGGCACUCAUUUGUCUCUGUUCUUCGUGGUGAUGAGGGGACACAGUGAUGCCUUGCUCAAGUGGCCUUUCAAUCAGAAGGUCACCCUCAUGUUGCUGGAUCAGAACAACAGGGAGCACAUCAUCGAUGCCUUCCGGCCAGACAUUUCCUCUUCCUCCUUCCAGAGGCCUGUGAGUGACAUGAACAUUGCCAGCGGCUGCCCGCUCUUCUGCCCGCUCUCCAAACUAGACUCUAAGAACUCCUACAUCCGGGAUGACACCAUCUUCAUCAAGGCCAUCGUUGACCUCACAGGCCUUUAAGUGUCAGAUGUUGCUGCUUCACCAUGCUCUUUCUCCAGCCUGUAGUGGUUCCUGUGCAGUACUUCUUUUGUUGUUGUUUUCCUGAGGACUGUUCCCUCAGCCAGAGCUCUUUGCCGUGCUUGCGCGAGCCCAAAGAGACUACUGUACCCUGUGCAAUAUUGUGCCAGGGGUGACGCCACUCUGCAUUAUGUACCAAAAUCGUUCCCAGAAUUUGUGCAGUUCCACUGUAAAAUAGUUGCCCUUUGGGAACCUCUCCCUCUCUCGUAGUGGGAUAGCUGUCAGCUGUGAUUGUAACGUAUCUACUUGCCUGUGCCAUAGAUGUGGCACCUUGCCUUUUAUACAGAUUGAGAAGACUUGCUCCACAAGACAGACAUCAUUUCAUUUCCACGCGCUCGGCUUGUGUCACGCUCACUAUUUGGGUGCUUUUUUCCUUUCCUUAGUGUUUGAGCUACUCGUAAGUGAAUGUUUCGUGUGUAGACGGACACAGAGUCACCCUAUUGAAUGAUGUCGAUGCAUUCAUUUUGCGACUGCGUAGUUAACUUGCUUCACAUGCAAUCGACGGUCUUCUGACAUUCCCUUUUUGAGCAUAGUGUGCCUCGAAUGUUUCUCGUUUCCAUUGGUUCUCUGUAGUGGUGGACAUUGCUUGAAUUCCCAAAGUCCAAAGCGCAGAAAUUGGCUUUUGAUUACCUGCUUGAGGAGUUUAUGUGCGUGUGCGUGAUGUUUUUGGGCCUUCGUUUCCAUUUUUGGUGUUCUUUGGUGUAUUAGUUUGCAUGUUGGAUCUGUGGAAGAUACAUUCAAGUUAGCAGCAGACCAGGUUUGCACCCUGAGCCUGAGAAUCGAAGGCAGUUUCAUUGUAAAAUCGCUGUCGAAGAAAAUGACUAAAUCACGCUGGUGUCAAAAAUCACCCAGUUUAUUUCUUUGGACCUCAAAUGUCUCAUCAGUUGACGUGGUGAUACGCGAAUAAAAGAUAGCCUAAAGGUAGUGUUAAGUAGGACAGGUAAUCUCGUGUGCUUUAUCGUGACGUGGAAAGGCUGAUGUCUGUUAGCAUUUUGAUGUUCUCCUGUGUUUUUGGGUGUUCUGUUGAUAUUGUGCUGCUUUGGGCAAACAUAAUGGAUGCCGUUAAUACUAUAUGACUUGCUUCGGACCGUGCCGAUCAGUAUAAGCCAAGCAGGUGUAGUCAGUGAUUCCUGUCGUCUUUAUCCCAGAAAGACUGUGGAGUUUGCGUUUUGUAAAUGUGCUAGAAAUCGAGGAAUGUGAUUCGUUACGCCAUUUUGAAGUAGCCUCAGUCCUUAAUAUACAUACAGUUCAGUGCGUUCUGCCAUGAGACUUUUACUCUUUUUAUUUGCAACCAGAGACGGCAUUACUAAAUAUAUACAAUGCAUAACUCCUACAUAAGGGCUUUUAGUAUACAGUACGUCAGUACGUCUUCCAUGUGAGCUUUUCAGUCUGGUUAUUUUCGGAAACCGAGUCUGAGAUGCUUUUUUUUUUAAGAUGCCUUCAUGCUAACAAAGCACCUGGACCCAGCCUAUUUUCAAACCAGUUCCCACAGAUAUCGAAACCUCUCUGUGCAUGAGAUGUUUUGAUAGAGAAGAGAAAAAGAACAUAUUGUAAAUUAUCGGUUUACUUUGUAGACCAACACUUUAUUUGUAUUGCUUUACCUUUUUUAUCUGUCGAUUGAGAUGCAGUAUAUGAUGAUAAAUGUGAGUGUGGUAUAUUGUUUUAUGUAUAAAUAGAUAAACUAUACAGUGUACACGGUUUUGCGACUGAUGUAGCUGUGGAUAUAACAAAUACAAAUCAUAUAGAU